AUGGCAUUGGACCCGGAUGCUAACGACAACUCUGACAAUGACGGUAUCACUCAAACUGCUGCGACUCCGACUCCCAAACCUUGGUCUUUCAGCAAAAAGCCAGCGCCUCGUGUCCGACCAAACACCAAGGCCAAACUCGCCGCUUCUUUGGACAAUUCAGCUGAAUUGCUCAAGGACCAAGCUACUCAAGCCAUUGAUCGUGAGAUAUUGAAAGCGAAGACUGUUGCUGCUCAUGACGCUGCGAAGGAGGCAAUGUUGAUUACUGCGGCUCGAUUGGAUCAAGAAUCGUUGGCCUUCAGACACACAACCAUCCCCUCUCAAGAGAAAGCUAUGUCAAUCUUCAAUAAAGACUGGAAGACACACUUCGGUAAGGAUCCGAAAGCUGCAUCUGAAGCCAUCCUACUUUUCGAGCAUGAGGACAAAUGUCGAACCUUUAUCAACUCUGAUCCUGAGCUGAGAUGGAGUUGGCUCGCUUUGAGCCUCGGGUAUACGGUUGUUGAUGAGAAGGAAAAAGAAAAUGAAUGA